UUGGGCGGCCGGUUCUGUAAGUCCAUCACUGGACCCGCUUCCUCAAUUGCCACUCAGUUUACCGUCCUAAUUAGCUUAGAGACUAUGGAAGGAAAGGCACUUGCAAUUGAUUCUAGCAUAUGGAUCUAUCAAUUCCAGGCCACAAUGCGGGACAAGGAGGGAAGAGGGCUCAAUAAUGCCCAUUUACUCGGCUUCCUGCGGCGUAUAUGCAAGCUACUCUUUUACGGUAUCAAGCCUGUCUUUGUUGAGCGGAAGCGCAGAAAAGCCGGCGCGUCGCUUAGUCACGCAAAAGUUGCAGAACGACUAUUGGCGGCCCAAUUAAGAAGGGAGGCUGUAAAUCAUGUCAAAAAGCGUCAAGGAGCACAUAAAGCAGCCACCGCCGAUAGCGUGCCUGCAGGUCCAUCCAAGGGACUUUUGGACGAAAAUACAGUAUAUUUGGAAGAUGUGAUGCCAUCGCUCGCUUCCUCCUCUCCUCAGAAGCCAAAGUCACCAGAGAAGACGGCACCACCUCCGCCGGAAUCUCCUCAAAAAUAUCAAUGGAGAGACCAUGAUCCAUACAAACUGCCGGACGUUGACAUGAGUGCCAAGGCUAGCGACAGAAGAGGAUAG